AUGCACUUCUCAAUGCGGUUCUUGGCCACUGUGCCCAUUGCUAUCGUUUCUGCCCUGCCUCAAACUACUACUCCAGGAGCCACACCUGCCGUCAACACUACAACAUGCAACGGCAAGACUUACGUGUACGAGUCUUUGGCGGGUUAUGGAUUUGUCCCUUCCAAUGCCACCGAUAAAUUCGGCGACACCAUUGGCGGCCAUGGCUCUUCCAUUGCCAUUGACAGCAGUUCGUGGACUCGCAUUGGCAACAGCUACACCGGCCUUCUCUACACUCUUCCCGACCGAGGCUGGAACACCAACGUGAGUAUUGGCAGCCUCACGCAUCGGCUGUACAGAUUUCAACUAAUUGUCCUUUGUCGUUAGGGCACUGUCAAUUACCAAAAUCGAAUCCACAAGUUCCUACUCACCUUCACCCCCAACGACAGUGCAACCGUAGCCAACCCUUCGCCUCCAAACCUCAAGUUCCGUUAUCUGGACACCACCCUCUUGACAGACCCUGUCGACAAGCCAACUUCUGGCCUUGAUGCCGAUAUCACUGGACCUUACCUGAACUACGUACGUACAAUCGACGGAACCGCGACUCAGUACUGUCCACGCUAACCGUAUUCCCUACCUUCUAGCCACUCGUUGGUGAGAUUCCAUCUGUCAACUACACUGGUGAUGGGUAUGAACCACUUUACGUUACCACAUAUGAUGGGUUGUUGAUAGCGAUUUAGGUACGGCGGUCCUGGCGCAGGAGACAGACGCAUCGUGAUCGAUUCUGAGGGUCUUGUCCUCGGUCCUGGAGGCACCUACUGGGUCUCGGACGAGUACGGCGACUACAUCUUCAACUUCCUUCCCAACGGACGACUGAUCAGGACGAUCCGCCCGCCAAAUGCGUUCAUCCCGAUCCGUAAUGGAAACGAGUCCUUCAGUGCCGACAGUCCUCCAAUCUACAACCCUGCUCUCGUGCCUGUCCCAGCCCAGCCUACUUCUGGUCGAUCCAACAACCAGGGCCUCGAAGGCUUGACUGUCAACCCUGCGGGCACACGACUGUACGCCUUGACGCAAUCUGCUCUGAUCCAGGAUGGCGGCACCUCCAACCCUACGAGCCGUUAUGCUCGUCUGCUCGAGUACGACAUCACCGGUAUCAACAAGAAUCUUGUCGGAGAAUACGUCGUCCCACUCAACCGUGUCACCGCGAGCGCUACCAGCAAAAUUGCCAGGCAGAGCGAGAUCCACUACAUCAGCGACACUCAGUUUCUCGUGCUUGGUCGCGACUCUGGACGUGGCCGCGGCCAAGGCCCAACCAACACCAUGUCUCAAUACCGCGACGUGGACAUCUUCGAUAUCAGCAACGCAACCAACAUCGCCGGCAAAUCUGACUGCCAGACUUGCGCCAUUGCCCCCGCUGGCGUUUUGAACCCAAACACCACCGCUGCGACUUACUGCCGUUGGCUCGACUUCAACGUCAACAGCCAGCUGAGACGCUUCGGAGUCCACAACGGUGGCGCAGAGGAUGCAGGUCUGCUGAACGAGAAGUGGGAGUCGAUCGCCCUGGUCCCGGUCGACAAGGGCCCAACUGGCAAGGCUGUCAACAACGAGUAUUACCUCUUGUCCCUCUCCGACAAUGAUUUCAUCACUCAAGAUGGCCACCUGAAGUGAGUCCAUUGCUCCAGGCUAUCCUAGAGUCACCGCUAACAUCCCAUCCCUCCAGCUUUGGACGCUUCUCGUAUCGCGAUGGAAGCGGCUACAAUCUUGACAACCAGGCUCUGCUUUGUAAGUUCCACUUUCCCGUUGUUGAGAAACGCUUCUGCAAAUGCUGACAUGUGAUGCCCCAUUUAGUCAAGGUGCAACUCCCCAGCGGUUCCAGCCCCUUGGUCGCAUAG